AGAAGAGAGGAGAGGAGAGGCCGACUGCAGGAAUAAAGGUUUCUGACGGAACAAAUGAGGAGACCUGAGAGAAAGAAGGAAAAAAAGAAGCGGAUCUUCUUGGUGGAUUACAUGCUGUGAACCUCUGCUGAGCUUCUGCAGGACUGAGCGCUAUCAGGAGCGAGCAGGCAGCUGCCAAACCCUCACACACCCCUACCAACACACACACACUGAGAUAUGAGCGGCCUGCUGGGGACCUGCGCUGACAGUUGGGAAGAACUGGUUCCUCAUCCUGUACGGUAGGUUCACUUCAGUGACUCAUGUGGAGCGGAUGUUUCUAAAGCUUUCAUCAAAGCUCAGUCACUAUCUUACCUGCUUCUGUGGAGCCUGAAGGAGGAAUUCCCAUGGGGGGGUCAAGAAUUAGAAGAUGCAAUGACACCAAAGCGAUGAUUUGAGACCUGAUAUCAUUACAGACGGAUCAGAAAAAAGGAGGAUGUCAGUGAAGCUUCGGUUCAGCUCGCCGUCAGACGGGGGUCUGGUCCACAGGAGCCGCUCUUUCACGGGGUUCAGCUCGCUGAGCGGCCGGCCACGGUCUUCCUCUGUACGUAGCUCUUUUCGCUCCAAAGCCAUGAUGGCGGGAAAGCCUCCCAGAAUGCAACUGUCGCCUCGUAGAGAGACAUCAGCGAGCUGGUCGCAGCCAGAGCAGGUGGACAGAGUCUUCCAGGCGCUUCGCAGCGGACUCAAGGAAUAUUUGGAGGUUCACCAGGCAGAGAUGGAGCUCCUGUCUUUGCAGCAGAGAGAAACCAAGAGGAACUCUAGACUGGGGUUCCUCUAUGAUCUGGAGAAGGAGAUUAGAGCGUUGGAGCGAUACAUCCGACGAUUAGAGUUUCAAAUCAGCAAGGUGGAGGAGUUAUACGAGACCUACUGCAUCCAGUGGAAGCUGUGUCAGGGAGCGGUGAACAUGAAGAGGGCCUUCUCCCUGUCUCCAUCCACCAGAGCCUCCAGAGAGAGUCUGCUGGAGCUCAGCCGCAACCAUCAGCACAGCCUGCAGGACAUGUCCACCAUGGAGGGAGAUUUAGAGGUCCUCCUCGGAGAGCUGCACAUCAAAAUGAAGGGGCUGAUCGGCUUCGCUCGGCUCUGCCCUGGAGACCAAUAUGAGGUGGUGGUGCGACUGGGCCGGCAGCGAUGGAAAAUCAGAGGACGGAUCGAGUCUGAUGACUCUCAGUCCUGGGAUGAAGAAGAGAUGGUCUUCCUCCCACACAUAUACCAUAACUUUGAAAUCAAGGUGACGGAGGCCAAGGGUCUGGGUUGGCUGCUGGUUGGCAUGGUAACCUGUGCCAGCGUGGACUUCUUCGUGGCGAGGCCGCAGCUGAUGUUGGUGGACAUAACGGAGCUGGGAACCAUCAAGCUGCAGCUGGAGGUCACCUGGAAUCCGUUUGACGGCGGUGAGAAGAUGAGGCUGCUGUCCGUCAACAAGCAGUCGGUGUCGAGCAGGAAAGGUUCCUUCUACAGCUGGACCGCUCCGAACACGCCCUCUUUCACAGAGAAAUAUUUUAUGUCGAUGGUUCGCGGGCUGCAGGAUCAGGAGGGUUCCCUCCCCUCUCUGGUGUCCAAAGGUCGUCCCACCAGAGGAGGCGUGUCCCUGCUCAGCUACCUGCCCCACCCUGAACACACCUCCAUGACAUCAGGCCCUCAGAGUCCCUACAUCUCCAGUCUGAUCCGAGCUCACAGCUACCCCUCCUCCAGCCUGGGAGGAAGUCAGACUCAGCUUCCCUUUGGAGAGGAAGAGGAAGAAGAAGAGCGGGAGGAGAGGCAGAGGACGGAUGAGAAGGUUGACCAGAAGGAGUGGGGCGGCGUGCUGGAGACGUCACCGGGGGAAGCCAGUAAAGCAGCUUCCCUUCUGGUCUUACCGCGGUCCAGCACGCCAGACAUCCUCAGGAAGAACCGGCCAGGAGAACCGGACCCUGAGACACAUGGCGCCGCUCUGCAGGAGAGAUGUGAACAGGAAUCUCUUGACCAUGACGCCCCCCCACCCAGACCGCCCAUUCAGCCUCCAGCCUCAGGGAGAACCGACAUGAGCGGCGCCCAGCGCCGGGCCCAGGCCGUCCGACUGGGAGCCCUGAUGGCAGAGCUGGAGAAGUCCUUUCACACAGAAAGCAGCUGUGAGAAGGAGCUCCGGGCUUUGGAGCACCAGGUUCAGCAUCUGGGAACCAUCCUGAAGAACGACCUGUCCCUUCUCAGGAACUCGCCAUCAGAGGAAACGCUGGCUGUGGAGGAAGUCCUGGGCAGCUUUGACUUCCUGUCCCUCGACCUCAACGGAGAUGAUGACACUUCCUGUUUGGGCAGCAUGAGGCUGAAAGACAGUGGCAUCAGUUCCUUCCAGCAGAACACCCUGAAGAGUUUGGGCCUCCUGUCCAACAGCCAAUCAGAGGAAGAGCUGGUCGCUGCCCCUUUGACUUCUGGGAACUGGGGUCUUGACCAGGCUCUGGAGACCCACCUAGACAUCUGCUGCAUCCUGCUGCAGACGAUAAAAACCAGCGACUUCGGUCCGACUCGCAGGGAGCUGCUGCAGGAGAUGUCCAACCAGACGGAGGUUCUGGACAGAGUCGGCUGUCUGCUGCUGGAGGGGAGGGACGACAUCACCGCCAGAGACAGCCUCCCCAAAGCCCAGAGGUCCAGGAACCUUCUGCUGUUCUGGGAGGAGUGUGUGAAGGACAGCAGCUCUCCGUUCUGCUGCGAUGGGGAGACCUUUUCCAGGACGCUGAAGAAGCGUUACACUCAUAAGGUGAAAGCCAAGCUGCCGGGACAGUCGGAGAAAGUGUUUUCUAGACUCCUGCAGCAGCUGCAGUCGGCCUGCAGGCUGCUGCCGGGCUGUCGAUCCGUCUGCAGCGCAGAUAGAGUCACCCUCUUCCAGCUCUCCGUUUAUCUGAAGCGCUGGAGCUUCCAGGAUCUGGGGGAGCACAUCUCCCGCCUUUCCAGAGAAGAGUACCUCCUGUCAGCACUGAUCAGCCCCAAACGGAGGAGGGCUUUGAAUAAGCUGAGGGGGCGGAGACUAUCAGAGCUCCUCCCACUGGAAUUCACCCUGCAGACUGUCGCCGCCCUGCUGGUCGACUCCAACCACAAAGUUUGCAAAGCUGCAAGCAGCUGCGUGUGCAGAGCGGCAGGCUGCAAGGCCUUCAGGAGCAAGGCGCUGGUUUUCUACACGGAGAGCCUGAAGAGCUCGGAUGUUCUGAUCCAGCAGGGAUCCUGCCUGGCUCUGAAAUGCCUCAGGGCCACCGAGAGCGUGGACCACAUCGCUGAGCUGUGGAGGUCCCCGGAUGAAGAUCUACGCAGCACAGCCAAGGAAACCAUCUUGUCGUUUGGUAAGAAAGGAUACGAGGCCUUCCAGAGAAUGGAGCAGAUGUCCGUAGAGAUGCAGGAGGAGGCUUACCGGAACCAGGAGACGGAGAUCACCAUUUUAUAGGAGAUGUUGGAACAGAACUCGGACUGGGACUAACUUCACUGACCUGUCAGGAAACCGAGACGGAAACUUCUCCUUUAGCAACUGCAACCAGCAGAGACGAGGAAGACAUGAAGAGCAGCUAGUUCUCAAUUGCAGAAACUUUUUUUAUUACAGAAUGUCGGAUACAGCAUCAAAAUCAAAAAUGAACAUUUAUUUCAUCGUGGAUGUUUUGAGUAUGUGUUUAUGCACGGGCGGAUUUACCUUUCAGCCAUAAUAGGCAGGUGCCCAGGGCCCCAAGUUCCUGGGGGCCCCAUAAAACUCAUUUUACAUGUAUGGUUAAUACAACUAUUAUUUAUUUCUGCACAUUUUU